CUUCUUCUUCUUCCUCUUCAUUGUUGGGGUCGAAGGUCGCCGCACAAAUACCGUCUGUUCGAUUGAUUUUCGAUACGUUGUGGGUUGUGUGCGGUUUGAUUACUGUGAGCGCAAAAGAUGAGUCAACUAAUCGCAUUGUUGCUAUGUGUUUUCGCGGCGUUGGCGUCAGCGGAGGCAAGAGUCCGUCGUUACAAGUGGGACGUGAAGUACGAGUUCAAGUCGCCGGACUGCUACAGGAAGCUGGCCAUCACCAUCAACGGAAAGACCCCGGGCCCGACAGUUCUGGCGCAACAGGGAGACACCGUCGUCGUGGAAGUGACCAACGGGUUGGCGACGGAGAAUCUCGCUAUCCAUUGGCACGGAAUCCGACAGAUUGGAAGUCCGUGGAGCGAUGGAACAGAGGGUGUGACUCAGUGCCCCAUUUUGCCUGGAGAAACUUUUACCUAUCGUUUUGUCGUUGAUCGGCCCGGAACAUACUUGUACCACGCGCAUUACGGGAUGCAAAGAGAGGCCGGACUAUACGGUUCGAUCCGGGUUUCGCUGCCGGACGGCGUGGCCGAGCCCUUCGCUUACGACUACGACAGGAGCAUCAUCCUGAACGACUGGUACCACAAGAGCACUCAUGAACAAGCUGUGGGUCUAUCCUCCAUUCCCUUCGGUUGGGUUGGGGAGCCUCAGUCGCUGCUAAUUCAAGGGAAGGGAAAGUUCGAUUGUUCCAAAUUGGCCCCCCCAAGCUCAGAUCCAACGGCUUGUAACGCGACCAAUCCUGAAUGUUCGCCGUACGUAUUGACGGUCGUCCCGAGUAAAACAUACCGUCUUAGAAUUUCGAGUGUGAUCGCUCUAUCCGCUCUCAGCUUUCAAAUUGAGGGUCACAACAUGACUAUAGUUGAAUCGGAUGGGCACUAUGUAGAGCCGAUUGUGGCCCAAAAUCUGUUCAUCUACUCAGGCGAGACAUACUCUGUCUUGAUCAAAAUCGACCAAGAACCGUCGAGAAAUUACUGGAUCACGACCAACAUCGUGGGCCGGAACGCCACGGCCACGACCCCUCCUGGUCUGGCCGUCCUCAAUUACUACCCGAACCACCCUAAGCGGGUCCCGCCCACAUAUCCACCCUCUGGCCCGAUUUGGAAUGACAUUGCGGUGCGAUUGGCACAGGGCAAGGCGAUCAAAGCCCGCCAAGGAUACGUCCACACUCCGCCGCCAAAAUCGGACAGAGUGAUUGUGUUCCUCAACACACAAAACACAAUCGACGGUUAUUACCGUUGGUCCGUGAACAAUGUGUCAUUCAGGCACCCACACACGCCGUACCUGAUCGCCCUCAAGGAGAAUCUCCGCCAUGUGUUCGAUCAACGCCCGCCGCCCGAUCAGUUAUAUGACUUCGCAAACUAUGACAUCUACCAAAAGGUGAACAACACCAAUGCCACCUCUAGCGACUCGAUCUAUAGAAUCAAGUUCAACUCCACAGUGGACAUCAUAUUGCAAAAUGCAAACACUAUGAUCGAAAACAACAGCGAGACGCACCCGUGGCACCUCCAUGGCCAUGAUUUCUGGGUCCUUGGGUACGGGACGGGCAAAUUCGAUGUCAACAACGACCCGAAAAAGUACAAUUUGGCGAACCCGAUCAUGAAGAACACGGUAGCAGUCCAUCCUUACGGGUGGACCGCCCUGAGAUUCGUGGCCGAUAACCCGGGCGUUUGGGCGUUCCAUUGCCAUAUAGAGUCUCAUUUCUAUAUGGGCAUGGGCGUGGUGUUUGAAGAAGGCGUCGAGAAGGUGGGCAAGUUGCCUUUGGAGAUCAUGGGAUGUGGUGAAACAAAAGCCCUCAAGAGACCAUAAUUGA